UAUUGUAUAUCAAUCUAAUACAACUUCUUCUAACUACGCUAGAUUUUUCUCUCAAUUAUUAUAUCAUCAAUAUGGGUGCUGAACCUCAACAGCUCCAUGCAGUUUUCUUCCCAUUCUUAGCCCAUGGCCACAUGAUCCCAACCCUCGACAUCGCUAGGCUCUUUGCUGCGCGAGGUGUCAAGACAACCAUCAUCACCACCCCUCUCAACGCGCACACCUUUACUACAGCCGUAGAAAAGGGAAACAAGUCCGGAGCCCCAUUGAUCGAUAUUGAGGUGUUCAGGUUCCCGGCUCAAGAAGCAGGCCUACCUGAAGGAUGUGAAAAUCUGGAGCAAGCUCUAGGUCCUGGAGAAAUGGAAAAAUUCUUUAAGGCUGCCGCGAUGCUAAGAGAGCAGCUCGAGCAGUUCUUGGAAAAGAUUCGACCCAACUGCCUUGUGGCCGAUAUGUUCUUCACUUGGGCUACUGAUUCUGCAGCCAAGUUCAACAUCCCUAGGCUUAUCUUUCAUGGGACUAGCUACUUUUCCCUUUGUGCUUUAGAAGUUGUUAGGCUUUACGAACCCUAUACGAAAGUCACAUCUGACGACGAACCAUUUCUUCUUCCUUACCUCCCCCAUGAAAUACAUAUGACAAGAUUGCAGCUUUCAGAAGAUUUAUGGAAAAAUGGUGGCAAAACAGAAUACAAAAAGCGGAACAAUGCAGUCAAGGAAUCAGAACUUAAGAGUUUCGGGGUGAUUGUCAACAGCUUUUAUGAGUUGGAACCGGAUUAUGCAGAUUAUUUCAGGAAAGAUUUGGGAAGGAGGGCAUGGCAUAUUGGUCCUGUUUCGUUGUACAACAGAAGCAUUGAGCAAAAGUCGAAUAGAGGUAAACAAGCUUCAAUAGGUGAACACGAAUGUCUGAAAUGGCUUGACUCGAGGAAGCCUGAUUCCGUGAUUUACAUCUGUUUUGGAAGCACAAUACACCUUAUUCCUCCUCAGCUGCACGAGGUUGCAAUGGCUCUAGAAGCCUCGGGACAGGAAUUCAUUUGGGUUGUUAGGAACGAGGAUGAUCUUGGAGGAUUCGAACAGAAAAUGUCAGGUAAAGGUCUGAUCAUAAGAGGCUGGGCUCCUCAGGUGCUGAUAUUGGAGCAUGAAGCCAUAGGAGCCUUUGUAACACAUUGUGGGUGGAACUCGACACUUGAAGGGAUCUCUGCAGGUCUGCCAAUGGUUACAUGGCCUAUGUUUGCCGAGCAAUUCUACAAUGAAAAGUUGAUAACUCGGAUUUUGAAGAUUGGGGUCCCUGUCGGAGCUAAGAAGUGGACUACAACGCCUUCUAUAGAAGAUGUCAUACCUCAAAAUGCCAUAGCGAAAGCUUUGAGAGAAAUCAUGGUGGGUGAUGCAGCUGAGGAAAGGAGAUGCAGAGCAAAAGAGUACAAGAAAAUGGCAUGGAAGGCUUUACAGGAAGGUGGAUCUUCAUAUUCAGACUUAAGUGCAUUAAUAGAUGAGUUGAGAGGUUUAUCCACCUAAAAUCGAGGGAGGCUGCAUUUUCAUCUUAAUAGCUUAUAAUAAAUAGUGCGAUUAUGUUUUAUGUAUAAGCAUUAGAUAUAAUUCUUACCGUCAAUUAUUUUUGAACUGGUAACAAGAUCACAUAAUGUUCCGUAUUUCAAUUUCUUAUUCAGCUCUUACAAAUUUUUUAUAUAUAACUCUUAAAGCUACAUUUUACAAUUCAUUUCCUUCCCCUAUAUA